AUGGCAGAUGACCUAAAGCAAUUCCUGUAUAAAAAGUUACCAUGUGCUGAAGGACUCCAUGCUACUGUUGUGUCAGAUAGAGAUGGAGUACCUGUUAUUAAAGUGGCCAAUGAUAAUGCUCCAGAACAUGCUUUGAGACCUGGUUUCUUAUCUACUUUUGCCUUUGCAACAGACCAAGGAAGCAAACUUGGACUUUCAAAAAAUAAAAGUAUCAUCUGUUACUAUAACACCUACCAGGUGGUUCAAUUUAAUCAUUUACCUUUGGUGAUGAGUUUCAUAGCCAGUGGCAAUGCCAAUACAGGACUAAUUGUCAGCCUAGAAAAGGAACUUCCUCCAUUAUUUAAGGAAGUGACAUGAGUUGUGGAAGUUUCUUAAUCUGACAGUGGUUUCCAGGUGUACCUUAUCUUCAUUAUAGCAACAUAAUAUCAAUCCAGCAGUCAUUAGACCACAGUAAUACUUUUAUCCACGUGCUCAAGAAAGGUCCCCCUUUCCACCUUCUACUGAAGAAAGAGCCUAUCGAUAUAAUUUAUAGACAUA